CUCUCCAGGAACCCUAACGGCGUCAACGGCGAAGAGUUUGCGGCGUGUGGCUUCAGCAACUCCAUCUCUCUCUCUCGCUAUUGCAAUCAUCCCAGGCAAAGCAUCCAUGGAAGUCUCCAAACGCGCCGCGAAACGGAAAGCCGACGACAUCACCGGAGACUCGCCGCCGCCGGCGUAUAGUGGUCCGGCCGGAGGUCACGACGGAUACGACGCUAAUGGCAUCGAUCUCUCUCUCCUCGAAGCCCUAGAGAAGUCUCAGAACGCAGUGGAGGCUCUCGAUCUCAAAACCCUAAAAAAGCUUGUCCUCUCCUUCGAGCGGCGUCUCAGGGACAACAUAGCCGCUCGGCUCAAGUACGCGGACCAGCCGGACAAGUUUGCAGACUCCGAGGUUGACCUACCCGACGAUCUGCAGAAACUCAAGGUCCUCGCCGGAGCUCCGGAGCUGUACCCGGAGAUCGUUGCACUGAAUACCGUCCCGUCGAUCGUGAACCUUCUGUCUCACGACAACGCGGACAUUGCAAACGAUGUCGUUCAGCUCCUUCAGGAUCUGACCGACGAGGAUGCCCUUGAGGACAAUGACGAGCCGGCGCGUGUGCUUGUCGACGCACUUCUGGAGAAUAACGUACUAGAGCUGUUAGUCCAGAACCUGCAGCGAUUGUCGGAGACGGACCCGGAUGAGGCCGUGGCUAUAUAUGGAACUUUGUCGGUGAUCGAGAACUUGGUGGAGGUGAAACCGAGUGUGGCCGAGAUGGUCUGUGAACGGACUAAGCUUCUCCGGUGGCUUCUGGUGAAGAUCAAGGUGAGGGAAUUCGACGGCAACAAGCAGUACGCUUCCGAGAUUCUGGCAAUUCUCUUGCAAAACUGCACCGCGAACCAGAAGCGGGUUGGGCAAAUGAAUGGUGUAGACGCUGUGCUCGAGGCGGUGGCUAUGUAUAAGUCGAAGGAUCCCAAGACUCCAGACGAGGAAGAGAUGUUGGAGAACUUGUUUGAUUGCUUGUGCUGUUUGUUAAUGCCAUUGGAGAACAAGGAACGGUUUGUGAAGGCCGAAGGUGUUGAGUUGAUGAUUAUUAUCAUGAAGCAGAAGAAAUAUGCUUACGGGUCUGCAAUUCGGGCUCUGGAUUUCGCCAUGACCAAUUAUCCACCUUCAUGUGAGAGGUUUGUGGAUGUUCUAGGGCUGAAAACAGCAUUUGCUGCUUUCAUGGGCAAGAUUCCACUGAAUAAGAGUAUCAAGAGAGAGCGGUACAAAGAAGAGCUUGAGGAGCGGGUUGUUUCCCUUGUUGCAUCAUUAUUUGCUGGAAUUUUACGGGGUUCUAGAAGAGAUCGAUUGUUAAGCAAGUUUGUUGAGAAUGAAUAUGAGAAGAUCGACCGCCUUAUGGAACUGUAUAUAAGGUAUUCUGACAGGGUUAAAGCAGAAUCCGAGAGGUUAGACCAACUUGAGUUUGAUGAUCUUGAGAUGGAUGAAGAGGAAAGAUAUAAUCGGAAGCUAGAAUCAGGCCUUUACACUCUUCAGCUUAUUGCAGUGAUUUUGGGCCACCUUUGGUGUUCUGAGCACUCUGGAAUGAGAGCAAGGAUUGAACUGCUACUGAAGCAACAGAAGCUUAGUAAGAAUGACGUGAAACAGAUACUUCAGGAGUACCAUGACAACAUCGGGGACCUAGAAGGACCGGAGGAGAAGGAGCGUGCACAGGCGAGAAUCCAGAAGUUCAUUUCGGCCCUUUGAUCCGCUCCCCACCACACCGUGUAGCAUGUUGUGAAUUUAACGGACACUUAGAUUUCAAUGGCCUUUUAGUAUGGCGAUGAUUCAGAUGGAGAUAAUGUAUGUAACGGGAAAUGCGGGGAAAUCAGAGAUCACGGGGUAUUUAGUUUACUCA